AUGGCUACCGCCGUGUCCACAAGCGCCCCUGUAGAUGAUUCGAACCGUGAAGCCGGCUACAACCGAUCUGCCUGCACCGAGUGUCAGCGACGAAAGCAAAAGUGUAACCGUGAAUGGCCCUGCGACCGGUGCCAGCGACGCAAGAUAGCCGACGAGUGUCGGUACAACUACUCCAACCCGACUUUGGAGACACCCGCCCACGACUUGACAGAGAAACUAAAGCGGACGCAUGACGAUUAUUCGAACCGAGGCAGUGAUGAACCCGAGGAGGAAGACGGUGCGGGUUUUGAUGCGUUAGCGACUCGUCUGUACGCCACGCUAGGAAUCGAUCAUGGAGUGUCCGAGAAGCCAGCUCCCAAACAAGACUACGUCGAUGCCGAUUCGUCCCCUCAGAUGCAGCGGGUUCUCAAGCUCCUUCCGCAGCGACAAUCCAUGGGUAGGUCCUUCCAUAUCUGCUACCAUCAAUAUGCUGACCAUCUGUCGGGUACUUUCUUCCCGUCGACAGAUAUACUCAUGCAGAACUUCCUCGGUGACAUCAACUAUCACUAUUACAUCAUAUAUCCCCCUGUAUUCUUGCAGGACUACCACAUCUGGUGGGAUAGGCGGUCACAAAAUCGACCUCUGUCGCUCCAGUACACAUGUCUGCUUGCCAUUAUCUGCUCGUGCGCGCUACAGCAUGUGGAGAGUGCGGAGGAAAAGGCUCUCGAGAGGGAGCUAGGAGAUACAAUGGACGUGGUGUCUGACCAACUCCAUGGAGCCAUGCGAGAGCUCGCCAGCGUCAUUCCCGUUGGCCACUACCACUACCUCAAUGUUCAACGUCUUUUGCACUCCUGUUAUUGGUACAAAGCUGAAGCCAAGUUUCUCGAGGCCUGGCACGUUCUUAGCGCCGCCAUUUUGGAGGCUCAUGAAUUGGGAUAUCACAAGGAGCCGUCCCCCGGAACUGUAACGGAGUUUGACCUAGAAAUGCGCAGGAGAUUAUGGUGCAUCUUGGAUACAUGGGACUGGCAAAUAUCUUCUGGCCUGUCGCGGCCCAAGAUCAUCGACCGAACGGACUGCAACGCAGAGUUGCCCAAACUAACACUCGAAGGUCAUGUUAUCUCGCCUUUGCAACAUAUGAAGAUGCAAUCUGGUUUGACUCGCCAGUUAGCUUCGCGAUUCAGUGCCCCAAAGAACAUCAUCUCCCCAGAGGAAGUUCAAGAGUACAAGGAAAUUAUUGAAAAAUGGGUGGAGAGCUUUCCUCCCGAGUACGAUUUUGAGAACCCGGACACCAGUAAGGACCAAAGCUGCGCAUGGCUGUUUGCCCAUCGAUUUUACAUCUACACCAUGGCAUGUCUCUUGAUCCUGAAUCCAAUCCGGCAUUACAUGGUCAAGCAGUACACCUGGGAAUCUCCUGUCGACGAACUCAACAUCCGUAGUAUAGGUAUCUGGUAUAGUUUGAAGCUCAUGAAGACUCUUCGCCGAUGGGUUGACGUGAUCUAUAACCGAGACGGCCGCCUGCACUUUAUCAUCUUCUCAAUAUUUGAUACCGCUGCCAUACUGUGCACCGCUGUUCUCAAGGAUACGGAGCGCACCAUAGGUAAUCGGUCUGAUGUUCUAUCAUCUAUCGGAGAUGCUGUCGAUAUGCUCAGGAAAUUGAACACGAUUUCAAAAACAUCCAAGACCUCUUACGACAUCCUCGAGAGGCUUGUUCGGAGGCUACCAGAGGCAGUACCUAGGAGGGAUCUGGAGCGCCAAGUGAAGCGGACCAAGGUUCAAGCCCGACCAUCACCACGCGCACCUACUCAAGAAGCCGUGUCAUCGGCUUCCCAAGUUCCCGCACCAACGGCGGUAUUGCCUUCGUCUCACCCUCCAGGUCCAGCUCCCGCACCGCCUCCUGCAAGGAGGACAGCACUUGCAGCAGCUCCAACAAAUGUACCGCCACCACUUGCAGAAGGCAUACCGGCCGCGCCCAUUCCAGCAGCCCCUUUGCCUAACCCCAUGGCAGCUCGAAUGCCAGCACCUGCCAUGGCUCCUCACCAUGUGGACUAUAACAACGGUAAUAUCUCAGAGUAUGGACAUCAAGUGUUGCCCCAGAACAUCAACUACAUGACAGUCAAUCAUCAGGGGCCACUGAUGCCGUCGAGUACGAACCAGUUUGCCGAAGAAGUACAUGCGCCUCACGGAUGGUCAGGCAGCUCGGAGAACACACCUCCAAACAUGAAUGAGCAUGUGAUGCCCCCUUUUCCUACGUUGAAUGACCCCGUGGGCUUAGACGGCGGCGUUUAUCAACAACAAAUUGUUGAUCCUGGUCCAGAAUUCAACAUUGAAAAUCUGACUGCUGCUCAGAUGGGAGAACUUGCGCCUCUUUGGACCUGGCAUUCUGAAAACUUGGACUUUGCAAACAUGCCACCGCCAACGCCAGGACCAAACGGAUACUCAAGGCCAAUGUAA